GAGUGGGAUCAGCUCGUGGUGAGACUGUGGCAUCUGUCACCACCGAGAGCCACCUGAUGCCCCGCCUUCAUGAGGCAGCUGUCUCACUGCAUCUUCGAGGUGUCAGAUGCCACCUCGCUGAGAACCCGACUGGAGGGGAAGCACGGGAUGGUUGGCCUGACCACCGAAGUGAUCCAGAGGAUCUCCAGAGAGGAGUGAGGCAGCUGUCUCACUGCAUCCAGGAGCUCCUCAACACCUUCGAGGACCAGGGACGCAACACCCUGGACAUCCCGUUGCUCAACGCUCUCCGCAUCAAGGACAUCUGGAGGUCGCGAGCUAGUGCUAAGCACUUCCAGGCGUUCCUGGUCGACGGACUGGUGAGGUGGAACGAAGACCGCGCAGCAGCAGCUGCACCACCACCGUCUGCAGCUGAGGGACAGCUGGGGCCUCUGCACUCCUACAGUGGACACCUCAAGCACGUCCUUAACCAGAAGAGCCAAAGAGUGCUUGGUCUGCAGAUGGUUAAGGACUUCACCACGCCUGCUGAGUACACAGAGUACCUGUACCAGCAGACGGGCAGAGUGCUGGAGGACGUCAGCUUGGACCCUGACACUCCGGACGAGGCUGCUGCCAUCGAGGAGAGGAGAGGAGGAUGA